UGUGUGAGUGUGAGACUAUGUUUUUAUAAUGAAUUAUUUUAACUAGGCUAUGUGAGGGAUCUUUUAAGAAUGCAUUAGUUUGAAGGUAUUAAGGUAAGGAGUUUGCCUUGACUGGCAAGUAGGCCCACUUUACCUCUUCCCCUCUGUUUAGGUGUUACUCCCUAUGGGGCUAACAACUUAUCACACAUUAACUCAUUAGAAGUAACAGAAAACACCUUCAAAAUUUAAACAAGGGGUUUAUUAUAAACACACACUAAAUAACAAAUCAAGAAGUCAACAAAAACACCAAGAAACAAGAAUCCUUUGAGUAAGAGGCAGCAGUUCCCCCUCAAAUGCCUCUCAGGACCCGGUGAAGCUGAUUGCCACUCAGACUUUAGCUGAGCAGAGCUAAGGAAGACAAAAGAGGGGAACGCAUGCACAAACAACACACAGCUGUAAUAGUAGGUCGACCUUAUGUCAGGUAGAGUCAUCAUUUCCCAUGUGGCGAUUGUCACCAUGAACAAUGAGUGAUAUUAGUGAGACCAUAUCUGGAGUUUCAUCCAAUCAGGACGCUUUCGCACACUGAAGAGCAGGUAAGAUCACCUGAGUGAUCAAGGACACUUUGAAAAAGGUGUGAGUUUAGGUUCAAGGUUCUCACAGCAGACACAGGUGAGUUUAUAGAUAUCAUGUUUUUAAUGAAAUUUGAAACUUCAAUCAGGAUGACAUCUGUUAGUCUGGAAUAAAUGAACUGGACUGAAUUGUCAAAAAGAUUUAAAUUGAUGAAAAAGACUGAGGAACGAGCUAAAGAGUGAAACAGUCCAAUAGCCGAAUGAUCAUCAUGUCUGUGUGUCUGACUUAUUAUGGGCUGUUCACUUAUCCACUCUGCUCAUUAUGGGUUUAAUUUAUUCCUCUGCUGUCAGAGGAUUAAACGGUGUGUGUCUUUUAUGUUAUGACGAUUAUUAUGGGACAGAUUCUCCUCUGUACAUCAUAUUUAUUACAGGUUGUAUUAUAAGUGGCAGAGCAGCGCCCCCUGGCGGCGCUGAGCGGUGCCGGUGUGUGUCUCUUUAACAGAGGUAUUCUCAGGACGGGGAGGGGGGGCUGCUGGGUUCAUCGGGUUCAUGUGGUCUUGUUCGCCUCCUCCCCGCUCGGGUCUGAUGUUUGCGGGCUGUGCGGGCUGUGCUGAGGCUGCAGGCAGGUGAGGAGGCUGCAGGUGAGCAGGCUUGGAGCGUCCGCGCGCACAGACUGUCUGCAGGUUUUUCCUCUGACCUCCGUUAAGGACGCGGAUCCCGGAUCAGCUGAUGCUCCUCGCGAGCUGCCAUUUUCAGGUCAUCCGAGGCUGCGGGUCUGAGAUGGAGGGGGGGUCUGCGGAGUGAGCGAGCGCGAUGGCUGAUGUAUGCUGCAGAGGGAUGGACCGAACCAGGACCAAGAUUGCAUCAGACUCCGGACCCCGGUCCCCGUACCCCCCUCCGCAGUACGUGCAGCCGGGCACAGCGCAGCAGCAGCCGGGCUCAGACAUCCAGGAGCUAGCCUCGAAACGCGUCGACAUCCAGAAGAAGCGUUUCUACCUGGAUGUGAAGCAGAGCGUCCGCGGCCGCUUCCUGAAGAUCGCGGAGGUGUGGAUCGGCCGCGGCAGACACGACGCGGUGCGGAAGAGCAAACUGACGCUCUCCAUGUCCGCCGCCCCCGCGCUGCGCGCCGCGCUCGGGGACUUCAUAGACUACUACGCCCGAAUCGGGUUGCGGGGGGGCCCGGGCCCGCAGCUCGACGAGCACGGUACUGAUAGCCAGACCCGCGCGCACGAGCCCCGCAGGAGGGCACAGGAGCCGCGCGCGGGGCUUUCACCGACCGGGUCUGCGGGAUCCGACGAGCACGCGCACCGCGUGCUGAAGAGCGAGGUCAUCGAGCGGGACAACAGGAAGUACUUCCUGGACCUGAAGGAGAACCAGCGGGGCCGGUUCCUUCGGAUCCGGCAGACUGUCAUCAAGGGGACCGGGACCAUGGGGUACUACGGGCCCGGGAUCGAGCAGACCAUCGUGCUGCCCGCGCAGGGGCUCAUCGAGUUCCGGGACGCGCUGUCUCAGCUCAUCGAGGACUACGGUGACGAGGACGGGGACGAGCGGGACCGAACCGGCUUCAGGAACCACGACCACGGACCGGAGCUGCCCGAGGCGGCCUCUUUCCGGGUUGACAACAAGAGGUUCUACUUCGACGUGGGUUCGAACCGGUUUGGGGUGUUUCUGAAGAUCAGCGAGGUCCGGCAGCCGUACCGGAACACCAUCACGGUCCCGUUGAAGGCCUGGACCCGGUUCGGAGAAAACUUCAUCCGGUACGAGGAGGAGAUGCGCCGGAUCUUCACCGCGUGCCACAAAGAGAAGCGGACAGACAGCGAGGAGCACGAGGACUGACCGCAGGUGUGAUACCCCCUCCCCUCCCCGUCCCCCCCAUACAGGUAACCCCCUCACCUGUUGAUAAGGGCUGGUCUCCUUCUGAUCCGAACCUGCCAAGAACUCACCUGCAGUCCUCCACCUGUCAGAGCCGCCCCUCCCCAACCCCUUAAGAUACAUUAAUAUUAAAAAUAACUGUCAUUAUUAAUACUAAUCACUAUUGAUAAUGACAGAGAUCAUUAAUGUUGAUAGCUGGUGAUUGAUAAUAACAGAGGAGGAUUCAGACUUCUUUAAUGUGAUUAUCUGAGGUCUGUGUGUGUGUGUGUGUGUGUGUGUGUGUGUGUGUGUGUGUGUGUGUGUGUGUGUGUGUGCUGUGUUUGCGUGUGUAGUUUUAAGAUAGUUUGUAUUUAAGGUAGAAACGCAGAGAGAAAAUGAUCCUCAUGCAGACUUCACAUUUCAGUUCAAUCUCAAACAGACAAAUGGUCACUUGGAUGACAACCAUCCUGCAGGAGAGAACAGGUGAAGUGAGGACACCUGAUCAGAAAUCAACCACAAAUAUGAUUGGCUCUGCAGAUGAAACUCUGACAGACUCAGCUCAAGUGAGAACAGGUAGAUAGGAAGCUGCCUGCUGAUUGGCUGAACAGGCAGGUGGGGACAGAGGUGAGAGGGGGAGCCCUGAUGAAAAUAACCUGUCAGUAACUUUGUUUUUACUAACCUGUUUUUAACCAGUUUCUGUCAGAGUGAAAUGUAGCUGUUCAGAGAAAAAGAAUCAGAGGAUGUCAAAGAAAAUGAUGACGAUGGUGCUGAUGAAGAUGGGCAGCGGCUCUUACAAAAGGAGAUGGAGACAGUUUUUAUGUUUGUGUUUUGGAGCUAAAAAUUGCUGCAAGCUCGUGUUUCGUCUUAUCAGAGCAGGUUUGAUCCACAGUGAGGCUUUCAAUGCCUUUAUUCUUUAACAGUUUCACCACCCUGUGGGGGAUUAAACACCUGGUAGCCAUAGUAACCACGUGUGGAUGUCACCUGCCAAUAAAAAACAGGAAUAAGUUAUUUUCCUUAAAAAUGUUUAAAGUGUAAAGUUUAUAUGUACCCCUUAAUAAUCCCUUAACAAUUAGGGCUCCGCCGUGCUGCGUUUAGGGGCUCGUAAAGCACAGGACUGAUGCGGUGUGUUUAGGGACUUUUUGAUUUUAGCCUACACUUCAGUUGUAAAGGCCCUUACACACCAGGACCGUUUCUUACGUGCGAUUAUUUUGGGCGUCAAUAUUUUUUUUCGAACCCGUACCCUGUCAAUACAAGCGUUCACAUCAGCAACCUUUUCCCGUCCUGCGAUACUGCGGCAUUUUUUUUUUGGAUCUUGGUCAAUUUUGGAAAGUUUCGCAUACUGUUCGUCCACUUCUGAUUAAUCAGAUUUCGUGUUGUUGCAACAUCUGCUUCACCGGUAUAUCCAACAUGGCCGAUCGGCUGAUUGUUCACAUGUCGGAGAACAGAGUGUUUUUGAUGAAAAACACAAAUAUUACAAAGAUAACGACCUGAAGGACAACUUGUGGAGAGUCAUAGUGUUUGAUCUCUCAUAUGACGAUGGUUUGUGUGCUUUAACAGUUUGCUAAACGUCUUUGUUUUAACUUUCAUCUGUGCUAAAUAACUUUAGCUCGUAAGCUAACCUGUUCAGAUACAACAUACCAUAUGUAUUUUCACUGUCUCAAACUCAGUAGCGUUGCUGUCACAGCACCAUUAGGUCUUGGUUGUUACCUUACGUUUAUAGAUUAUAGUUUAAUGUGCUUAUCUGGUACUGGCCCUGACUCAGUUCAUGCUAUCGUGACAGACAGACAUCUCAACACUAGAGUCUAAUCAGAACUGAAAAACACUCAGUCUGCUGUUGUGUCAGUCUUCUCGCUUCCUACCCGGGACGCGUCUUUUUCGCCCCGUAAAGUCGCAAAAUCGCAUCGGGCUUGAUGUGUAUAGUCAGGCACGUCAAAAUUCUCCUCCGAAUAUUUCGUAGUUUCGCAUUCUAUAUUCGCAUCGGCCGCGGUGUGUAAGGACCUUAACAGUGAGGAGAGGGAGAAAGUGCAGUGGUGCAUUAUGGUACAGGUGAAUUUUAAUACUGGUUUACUUUGGUGUGAUUAAUGACUUUUUUUAAGCUCAAAGAGAGGAGGAGGAGUUAAUAGAUUUAUUGAAGCUGAUUGUUGUGGUGCGUUCAUGUGCCAGUAAAGCACAGGACGAGUUGGUUGUGAUGUGUUUGUGGUCCAGUGUGUCCAUAAUGAUGGUUCCGUGAGUUUUAUCUUUUCAGAAUAAAAGUCUUUAAAAAAAAAAAGUUUAAGCACAUUCAGAAAGUAAAAGAAAAUACUCACAGGAGUUCAUGUUUGAGGUAUUUAGCUACAGAUUAAAUCUAUAAUGUACAAUCUGUGAUCUACAAUCUAUAAUCUACAAUCUGUAAUCUAUAUUCUAUAAUUUAUUAUCUAUAAUCUCAUCUGAAACAGAAGACAGUGAGCUGGUUUUAUUCUAUUUUAAGUGAAAUUUUAAAAAAAAAUCGUCUGUGAACCCAAAACGAAUUAAAAAAGCACUUUAAAAUCUGCACUUUGAGCUGCUCCAUACCCAGAGAUAACAAGAGUUAACCAGAGAAUACUAGAAAUGAACAGAGUUACAGAGUCAGGGUUAACUAGAGGGAGCGUUUAACCUUUGGCACCUUUGUGGUCAUGUGACAAUCACUGAUUCCAGCAGAGACGAUAAACUGAAGUUUGUGAAAUGAGCACAAAUAAAAAUUAAAAAGUCUUAUCUGAAACUGCAAUGAUUUCAGAUAAAAAUUUAAUUUUGUUUUUUUGACGAUGAUCAGCUGAUCUUUUGGAGAAUUAAUAAUCAGCAGAUUUUGUGAAGCCUCUGCUGAUAACAUCUGUUGUAAACUGGCACUUUAUAAAUAAAGAUAAAACGUUUUAAUUUAUAUUGAACUCAUUGAUUUCAAUAUUUUUACUGAUUUUAAUUUACAGAUUUUACUGUUUCACCAUUUAAACUGUUUUAUCCAUUUGAGCUUAUUUAUUUAUUUAAGUGUUUUUAUUUUAUUGAGUUCAUUGGUUUUAUUAUUUAUUGAUUUACUGAUUUUAUUCAUUUUAAAGUAAUUUUAUUGCAUUUACAUGACUGAUUUUAUUGAUUUAAUUAAUUUUACUGAUUUUGUUAAUUGGAUUUAUUUUACUUAUUCUUUCAUUUUAAUAAUUUCUUUUGUUUGUUUUUACUUACAGGGGUGAGUCACAUAAUCAUUUUAAAGUGUCGUUCAGGGUCUGGUUGUUCUUGAACACACCAUGAACGUGUUUUAACAUUUUUUUAACAUGUUCAUAAAAACGUCCCAAGUGUUGUUGAUCAGUUUGCUUGUAAAUUUCAAAACUUUGAUGACGUUAAUGAAAUUAAAUGAUGAUCAGUGACCGUUUUUCCCCCUCAGUGAGUCUGGAACUGCUUUUUGUGGUGGAAGCAGAUGUUUCAUGUUUGUGCUCAUUUCACAGAUUAUAAAAAACAAACAAAAAAAAUUGUCUCUGCUUUCUGUAAAGAGGACGACCAGGUGAUGAAGGUCAGAAAAUAUCAUCACAGAAUAUUAAGUGUAAAGUAUAAAGCAGUAAAAUAAAAAGAUUUAUUGUCAUUAUUAUAAUUAUUAUUUUAUUUUACCCCCCAAACCCUGCUUUAAGAAAUCAAACCCAAAAGACAAAACUUAAGAUUUAAAAUGCCACACUUAGUGUGUAUUUAUGAAGAUGUUAGUCUAAAAAUAUGAAUAAAGGUAAUUUUUAUAUUUGAUAUUUGUAAAGAUUUUACCUGAAAGGAGCUGCUUUAAGAAAUCAGCUGACUAAAGGAGACGGGAUACCAAAAACACCUCACAGAGGAAGAAGUCCGGAUUGACUGACAUAAAAGACUGAGUUCAAUAAUAACACAACAGACAGACAUGAAUCUACAUCACAAAACAGUUUCUGUCUCUUUCACCGUUAAACAGAUUAUUCUGAAAUAAAUCUAUCCAGAUCAUCUCUCAGUGUGCUCUGUGAUCUUAUUUAUCCUCAAAAAAACAAAUGCCUUUAAAGGCUCAGUGCAGACUUUCAAAAUAAAGCAUCAGUGAUCUUUGGUUUGAUAUCAUGAACAGGUGAGAAGUCAGCUGUUGUUUGAGGUGAAUAUUACCUGUGUAAUGUUUCUGAGUGACAUAGAGCAGCAGCUGUAAGCAGACAGAACCCGAAAACAUCUAAUAACAACCAACAGCAUCAAGCAACAUCCCAAAACAUCAGACAAAUUCCUACAACAUCCAACAUCCCAAAACAUCCCAGCAGCAUCCAACAGCAUCUGACAUCAAACAUUCAACAACAUCCAACAAAAUCCAAUAACCUCAGAUGACAUGACAGUCCUACAACACCAAACAAUAUCCAACAACCAACAAAUUCCUACAACAUUCAACAACAUCCAGGGAAAAUCCAACAACAACCAUCUAACUCCUACAACAUCCAACAUCCAACAACAUUCAACACGCCACAAAGACCAACAAAAUCUUAUGACAUCCAACAGAUUUAAACUUUUCACUCAUUUUCAAAUCCAUCAUUUCAACAAAAAAAAUUCUUACCAAACAAAAUGUCAAAUUUAAUUUACAAAAUUAUAGACAUUUUGUCAAAAUUCACAAAUAAUUAAAUUUAUCUUUAUCCUCAUCUUCAUCUUCUUCAUCAUCUUCAUGUCCUUCAUCUUCACCUCUGUCUCCAUCCUUGAAACUGAUCUAGGUGUUUGAUUAUAAUGCAUGGAGGUGUAUCUGUGUGUGUGUGUGUGUGUGUGUGUGUGUGUGUGUGUGUGUGUGUGUGUGUGUGUGUGUGUGUGUGUGUGUGUGUGUGUGUGUGUGUGUGUGUGUGUGUGUGUGUGUGUGUGAGCAGCUGCUGCUCAUCUUAAUCACUCAGGAACAAAAAUCAAAAACCAGAGAAGAAAAAGUAUUUGGCACUUUAACUGGUUUCACAGAUGAAUUUCGAUGAUACAUUCAUCAGUGAUUAAAUCUGAUUUAUUUAGAAGGAAAUUAAACGUUCAACCAGCUGAACCUCCAACUGACCUGAAUGAACAAAUACGAUCAGAACCAAAUAAAAAGGUCAGUUUAUGUUUUUAGAAAGAAUGAACUAUAAUGAAAUCAGUUUAUACAUAAAAGGAGACCUUAACUGGUCAUAUAAAAUUAUUGAUAAUCAUAAAUAAAUACAGUAUAUUUGAAGAUUAUUAACAGGUGGUGUUGAACCUCUGAGGACACCCUAAUUGAUCAUGUAGAAUUGGUUACUGAUCACAGAAUCUAUUAAAAGUCAGAAUGAGUUUAUCAAAGAGGAAUUUUCAGAAUAUAUUUAACCUUUUGGGACUGUAACUGAUGAUAUAAAUUUAUUUAUAGUGUAGGUAAAUGUGUUUAAAUGGUUAUUUCACAGUAAAUGUCUCUGAGGAGAUGUUGAUUGAUGAUAUAAAUCUAUUCACAGUGAGAUUUUAAGUAUUUAAAGGAAUAUUUCACAGUAAAUGUCUCUGAGGAGUGUGCAGGUGGAGCUGCAGGAUGUUAGAGGUUUUUUCGGACUGUUAACCAUCAACCCGACGCCUUAAAGCUCCAUGUGAUAGACCGAUCCCUCUCCUCUUGAUCCAGCACAUGGUCCGCUGGUCAGAACUCUGCUCUGUGUUAUUUCCUUAUGACCAUGUAACACAGGUAGUCUCACCUGUGUACUGUGUGGGUGUGUGCGCGUGUGUGUGUGUGUGUGCGCGUGUGUGUGAUGUGAAUGUACACUCACUGAGGAAGACAAGGGUUUCUGUUCUCCAUCAGCUCCCCCACCCCCCUCAGGAGCAGGUGUUGACCUGGAUCCUGGGGUCUGGGGGUGUGGCCAGGUGUAUUUACCUGGUACAGGUGUAUGUGUAGAUACUGUGCUGUGACAGUGGGUGUGUCCUGUAGUUGUUUUCUAACUCUCGUACUGUAUUAGCUCAUCAUGUAGAGUACUGUAUGAUAUCAUGACUUGCCUUGUGGAGACGUGUAGAAGUGGAACGUAACUUUUUAGAGUGUAUGCAUGCUAAAGGUGGCUAAGAGUAUAAAGGACACUGUAAAAAAAUGGUGCUAUGUUUCAUUAUAUCUGGUGCUUUAUGGACGCAGCUGAAUGCAUGCAAAGAGGAACGUAAAAGAAGAAACAGAGACGUCUGCUGCCGUCCUCAAACUCUGCUGCUUCCAAAGAUGUCCACAAGCUAAACGACAGCCCUUCAAAAUAAAAGCCUGUCUGCAGUGUCUGACAGAUAAUCUGACCUGAGGUCAGUUUCCUCUGAGCGCACAGAGAGCCGACAACAAACACACUGUGGAGCCAGACUGACACUCACUUUGUUAUUAUUAUCAUUAUUAUUAUUAUUAUGAAUAUUAAUAUGACAAAGGUUAGAACUAAGCUGUAAGAUUUUAUAAACAUCACCAACAGUCUGACUGUGAAUAUCUGAGAGCUGCUGUGGACCAAGACCUGGACCAGGUCUUAGUCCAGGGUCAGACAGAGCCUGAGUCCCUGAGCCAGAUUAGAGUUUAAAUCUGCUAUAUUAUUAAACAUUAAAUCUUAAAUCUUAAACAUUAAGCUAAGGGUGGUGAAGGUAAAGCAGCUUUAAAGUCUCAGUGAAAAAUUCUCAGUCGGCUGCUGUUGGUGGUGCUCAGAGUCUCAGACAAUCUUAGAAACCUUGUUUUGUAUGAACUCUUCAGAUGUUUCUGUGUUUGAUGAUUUCCAUGUAGCAGAGUCACAAACUGAAAAACAAGCAGAAAUUCAGAAAGUUUGAACGAUGCUGGAAA